GAUAACAGGUUGGUUGUUGAUAACAAGGAAGAUGACACACUGAGCGAUGGACAACUUUCAGGGGGAAGUAUGCUCACUGGACCUGUUAUUGUGAAAAAAAGCAAGCUAACACCCAAGGCAGCAGAACAGACCUCAUUGUUGAUACAGGACUAUCAGGUGUGUAUUACAGUGAUAGAAGCACGGCAGCUAGCAGGAUUGAACAUGGAUCCAGUAGUAUGUGUCCAAGUAGGCGAUCAGAAGAAAUAUACCAGUGUACAAGAAUCAACAAAUUGCCCUUUUUAUAAUGAGUAUUUUGUUUUUGACUUCCGUUUAACCCCAGCUAUGAUGUUCGACCAUAUAAUAACAUUGAGUGUGCUACAUUCAGGGAUGUUCCUUCGGACCAAAAAACCAUUAGCCAUCUUUAAAAUUGAUGUAGGCACAGUAUAUAGCCAGAAAGAUCAUUUAUUUUUCAACAAAUGGGCGAUGCUAACAGACCCUGAUGAUAUCUCAAGUGGACCUAAAGGUUUCUUGAAGUGUGAUAUAGCUGUCAUAGGAAAAGGAGAUACAGUCAAGACUCCUCCAAAGAAGCUUGAUAAAGAUGACGAUGACAUUGAAAGUAACCUACUCCUCCCAGAUGGUAUGCCCACUGAAAGACAAAGGGCAAAGUUCAUCCUUAAGGUAUACAGGGCAGAGGGCCUCCCCAAGAUGACAUCUAGUAUCAUGGCAAAUGUGAAAAAAGCAUUUACUGGUGAAUCAAAGGACCUUGUUGACCCUUAUGUGUUGGUGUCAUUCGCAGGUCAAAAGGGCAAGACAUCAGUACAAAAAGGUUGCUAUGAGCCCCUAUGGAAUGAACAGGUCGUCUUUACAGAGAUGUUUCCCCCAUUGUGUCGCAGAUUCAAGAUUCAGUUACGUGACAAUGACAGCGUGAAUGAUGAUGUCAUAGGAACACAUUUUAUUGACAUCAAUAAAGUUUCGAAUGAUGGAGAGAAAGGAUUCUUACCAACUUUUGGCCCCAGCUGGAUUAAUCUAUAUGGGUCUAUACGGGACUAUAGCAUGUUACGGGAACAUAGUCACCUUAAUAAUGGUCUUGGUGAAGGUGUGUCAUACAGAGGGCGCCUGUUGGUCUCGUUGAAGACAGAACUUUCUGACGAGGAGAGUGCUUCCAGCACACAAGUAGAAGUUGAACCUGCUUUACCAAUACCUGAGAAUGCUGCUGGUAGACCAGAGGAGUAUUUCCUCUUUACUACAAUACUUGAGGCCACUAUGAUUGACAAGAAGGUGGGCGAAAAGCCAAUACAUUUUGAACUCAGUAUAGGUAACUAUGGCAACACAAAAGAUGGUCAGAAUGUUACUAUCGUAGAAACCCAGGAAAGUGAAGAUGAUGAAAGCACCUCAUUGGUUGAAUCUGCUGCCCAAAGUACACCAGAAAUUCCAAUGUGGCAUAGCACAUCAGAACCAUUAAAGCCAAUAACUAGAGACAAGUUCUACUAUACAGUACCUUACAAUGCAGAGAAGCCAUGUCUCUAUGUGAAAUGCUGGUUUGAAGACCAUCGGAGGAGAAUGUAUAACUGCAAUGUGCUGAAGCGCAUCUGUGACAAACUGGAAGAUGGCAUGGCUGAUGUGAAUGAAAUGAUAAAUCAAGAGAGGCCAUUCCCUGAGAGACGUCUGAAGGGGGUCUUAGAAGAACUAGGGAGUAGUUGUUCCAAGUACUGUCAGCUAUGCAGAAGCUCAGGGGGUGUUAAUGCAGGAAAAACUAAACUUGAUAAGGAAAGGAGUAAGAUGUGUCAGCGAGAUGUGGAGCAACUUAGCACAUAUGCUCGAACAUUAAAAGCUACAACGAACAAACACAACUUGAAGGAACGCCUCAAAUCUACUGCUGUUUGCCUGAACAAGCUCAAACAUCUGGCAAAUGAGCCUCAGGAUGCUUUGCCUGAUGUUUUCCUUUGGAUGUUGAGUAAUAACAAGCGUGUUGCUUACAUCAGGGUCCCCGCCAAGGAUAUCAUACAUUCCAUUGUUGGGGAGGAAUGUGGGAAAGAUUGUGCCAAAGUACAGACUCUCUUCCUGAGGCUUGCUGGGAAGAAAGGGGAGGGAGCAGGAGGAUGGAACCUCCAAGCCAAGGUACAGGCCUAUAUGUGGCUAGGACUGACCAAACAUAAGAAAGAGUUCAUGAAAGGUCUACCCACUGGCUAUGAGGAGACUAUAGAUGUGAAGUGUGCUCCUAGAAUAUGUAGCAAACCACCCACUCUGCUCAAAUAUGAAGAAAAGCAAUCAUUCCAGUUAAGGUGCCACAUGUACCAGGCUAGGAACUUGAUUGGCUCCGAUGCCUCGGGUCUUUCUGAUCCAUUUGCCAGGGUAGUGUUUGGAGAUCAGAGUUUCUGUACACAGGUGAUAGAUGAGACAUUAAGUCCAACCUGGGAUGAGAUGCUGAUAUUCAAUGAGGUGGUCCACUAUGGCCUGAUGACUGAAAUAAAGGAGGAUCCUCCCAUGAUUGUUAUAGAGAUAUUUGAUCAAGAUAGAGUGGGCAAAAGUGAGUUCAUUGGCAGAGCUCUGGCCAAACCAAGUGUGAAGAUGAGCCAUGAAAAGUACAAUAAGCCAACAUUUCCACCUUCACUGGAGUGGUGGGACAUAUACAGGGGUUCAGAAAAAGCAGGGGAAUUAUUAGCAGCAUUUGAACUCUUACAGCUUGCUCCUAUGUCUGAUCGUACAGGACAAGACCUUCCCUCUGUAGAGAUGCCAACUUCAGACUCAAAAUUGGAUGAGGAUAAGGGGCCUGUGUUGCCAGUCCCAAAGGGUAUAAGACCAGUGCUCAGUAAACAUAGAAUUGAGGUUUUAUUCUGGGGAUUGAGAGACUUGAAGAGGAUCCAGCUGACCUCAGUUGACAGACCAAGGAUAGAUGUAGAAUGUGCUGGGCAGGUGCUCCAGUCAUCUGUUAUAGACAAUUACAAGAAAAACCCAAACUUCUUGGUACCUGUCAAAUCAUUUGAUGUGGAACUACCAGAAAAUGAGAUAUUUUGUCCUCCAAUCACAAUACGUGCUGUUGAUUGUCGUAACUUUGGCCGCUAUGUCUUAGUAGGGACACACGUUAUAACACACAUACACAAGUACAGAUAUAUUCCCACCACCAAGAAAGCUAUGAGUGCUCUCUCUAAACUUAUACCUGCAAUCAAAAAAAUAGACCAGAAAGGAAAUGUGGAUGGUAGUAAAGAUGUUAAAUCCAAAAGUCCAGCUCUGUCUGUGAAGGCUCAAGAUGUCGCAAUAAAUGUGGAUGAAAAACAACCUCUUUUAUCCAAAGGAGAGCAUAUUAUCAAAGUUGAAGCAUUGACCAAAGAAAAGAAGCAGGAUGAAAACAUGAAGAAAAGACGUAAAAGUCAUGGCUCAAUUAUUGAUGAUGAUGAACCUGAUGAGGAGACAAUGGAUUGGUGGAGCAAAUAUUUCGCAUCCGUGGAAGAAAUGAAUAUGGAGGAAGCAGGAGAUAAAGAAGAUAAAAAGGAACAGGAGGGGGAUGAUGAAGACAAAAUGGCCACCAACAAGAAUGGUAACCAGCAGACGACACCUUAUGGAACAAUGCCAAAUGGGGAUACUCAGGGAGAAGAUGGAGACCCUGGUAGCAAGGAAAUGAAAAAGAUGGAAAAGGAGUUGAAAAAGAUGGAGGGAGGGACUCCAUUAAAGGUCUCCAAAAUCGGAAAACUAAAGGGAGCAGCUGUUGCAGUAAGCCUCGCAGCAAAACUUUCACCAAAGACCCAGCGUCGUAAAGAAAAAAUUGACGCAAAUUGUGCAAAGUUGAAAGUCUAUUCAAAUGAUCUGGAGAGCCAACCAGAGUUCAAUGGCUUCAGAGAAUGGCUACAUCAAUUUGAACUAUACAGGGGAAAGAAGACAGGGAACCUUGAAGAUGAUGAAAGUAGAGUUGUAGGAUUAUUUAAGGGCUCAUUAAAGGUCUACAAAAUCCCACUACCUCCUGAUAUAGAAGACACCACUAUAACAGGUGGUGACCCUUCAUAUGGCUUGUUCCAAGGUCUACCAAAUAACGACCCUAUCUCCGUGAAAGUGAGGGUCUAUGUUCUGAAAUGUAAUGAUCUCCACCCUGCAGAUAUGAAUGGGAAGGCUGACCCCUAUAUCAUCAUACGGCUUGGGAGACAGAGCCACAGUGAUAAGGAGAACUACAUCUCCAAGCAGUUGAACCCAGUGUUUGGAAAAUGUUUUGAGUUUGAUGCAACAUUCCCCAUGGACUCUUUACUGACAGUGCAGAUCUAUGACUGGGACUUGAUUAAGACUGAUGACCUGAUUGGUGAAACAAAGAUAGACCUUGAGAGCCGUUACUACAGCAGGCAUAGGGCAACAUGUGGUAUAGCAAGUACCUAUGAUACCCAUGGUUACAAUGCAUGGAGAGACUCUAUGAAGCCCUCACUGAUUCUACUGAAGCUAUGCAAGGAUGGAAAAGUAGAUGGGCCUCACUUCCAACACAAUAAAGUACGAGUUGCCAACAGAAUCUUCACUUGUCCAAGUGAUGUAGAGGACACGGACUGUGAGGGCAAGAGCCAUGUAGAAGAGACUCUAUCACUCGCUGUACUGAAACAUUGGGAAGAGAUACCCAAGGUUGGCUGUAAACUGGUACCUGAACAUGUUGAGACACGCCCACUUUUUCACCCAGACAAACUGGGUAUUGAACAGGGUAAAGUUGAGAUGUGGGUUGAUAUGUUUCCUAUGGAUAUGCCUGCCCCUGGCCCACCUGUGGAUGUAGCACCCAGGAAGCCAAAGAGCUAUGAGUUAAGAUGUAUCAUAUGGAACACAGAUGAUGUUGUCUUGGAAGAUGAUGCAUUUUUUACUGGUGAAAAGAUGAGUGACAUCUAUGUGAAA